CGAGUUUCAAACGACACUGAAGGCUAAAUGCCUGAAGUUAUUUUGGCUAUUGUCGCGAUUAUAUACUUCGUUGUUUGAUAUAUAUUUAGUAACGACUGUGUAAUGUUUGAUUCUGCCGUGAAUUUCGCCAGCUUGAUAUGCUAGUUCGUUGUCGUCAUGCAGAAACGAAUUUUAUUCGAAGCAAAUUCAGUAAAUCCAUUCUUCAGAUGUCAUAUAUCCGGAGCUUCGAACAUUUCUUUGGUUUGUUUUCGAAUUUGGUUGAUGUAGUAGGUAAAAUCAAAUCUCCUUCGCACUCAAGUUAUGAAAUUAUCUACAUCUCAACAGGCGACACAUUUGGAAUUCAUGUAUGAAAAAAUGUGUUUAAGGGUAUUGUAUCGGUUUCUGAUAUUCCGUAUAUUCAUUUCCAGUGAACAGGAUUUUAAGUUCGAUUUAAAGUUUUCUACCAGCGAAAGAAGACCAUUUAUCUUCACAUUUUCUACAAAAAUACAGACCUUAGCUAUUAAAAGGUUUACAGUGAUGGUUCCAUUGUCUUCGGUCUUAAGAUCAGUGUGGUUAAAUCUUACGAUCGAUUUGUUCUCUUUUAUACACGAUUUAAAUGUCCAAAGCGGCAUUAGAAAGCUACAAAGCAUCACUGUUUAUCCAUUCUGCUAUUUGUCCGAGCUUUCAGUUACCUCUUCCUUCAUUAGCGAUUCUCCUGCUCUCAACAAUUCACAAACUUUAGAAAACAAUUCAUCCGUAAUUUACCAGGUUUUAAAUGUUCCGAAAAUUCGUCUGAAUGAAUGGAAAAGAACAGAACUGAUAAAUGCGCAAGAAACAGAAAAUUCAAAGGAUCUUUUAAAGAUACCACAGCUUACUAGAUCUAGUGACCAAUCAUUAACGAAAACAUCUCAGUCCUCAACAUUAGAAGGUGAGAAAUGUAUUUCAGCGGGACGAAACCCUGAUAAGAAACGAAUGCUUAUGCAAAUUAACAAGGUUUGUGUUAAUGAACAGAGUUCUACAAGUUUUAAUAAAAUACCUACUGAUUCAGAUGUUUCCAAAGAUUCAAGAAGUUUUAGUGCAGAUGCUAUUUCUAAUCGUUUAAUGAAUACUACAAACAAUUCAACAAAUCAAUACGAAAUGAUGAAUAAUGUACAAGUAAAAACAGAAGCGGAAAAACCUUACCAGUCUAUUCGUUUAGGCAGUUUAUAUUUAUUUAAUAGUUUACCUCAACCUGCACCAAGUUUCUUUAUACAACAAUCAUCGAUGAAAGACCAUAAUGAAUCAUUAAAGCAUAAAAAGGCAUUGAUUUGUUCAAAAAGUUCUUAUUUACAACGUAUUAGUAUAGAUCAUCAUUCAUUAAAAGAAUUAACUGAUACAGAUUUAAAAUUUAAAAUGAUUAUGGCACCUACAUCAUAUCAUUUCAAUAAUGAUACUUCUUUAUUAAAAAAUCAUCCUAUCAAAGAAUUAAAUCAAAAUCUAAUGGGAAAUAUCAAUUCAUCUAAAAAAUCGAAUAUCAUUAAUGCAAAUAAUAAUAAUAAUAAUAAUAAUAAUAAUAGCAGUCGUGAUAAUAUUCAAUCAUUGUAUACAUUACCACCGAUUGAUCUAGCUGACUAUAAACAAUCAGAUGAUUUAUCAGCUAGUUUUGAAGAAUCACUUUUAGCUAGUCUUAAACAAGCAGUAAUUGGUAGUGAACUGAUUGAAUCGGAUUUACACUUUUUGCCAUCAUCAACAGCAUUGUCAUCAUCCAAACAACAAGAGAUCAUCAAUAAUCAUAAUCAUAAUAAUGAUACUGGUAAUAAGAGAUUAUUAAACGAAACAACUAUGACGCCAAUGAGAAAUGUGAAAUGUUCACAUUGUGAUUUAAUCAAAUCAAUACCAGUACUAUCACAAAGUCCACCAUUCAAUCAACUGAGAAAGAAUAUGUUAAAUAAUACUGAAAAUGAACAAUGUGAACUUGUCAUUGCAUUUCGUAAACAAUUAUUAAAUGCCAGUUUCAGUGAUAAUGAUGAGCACAAUUCCGGUGUUGAUGAUGAGGAUACCACCACUACAACUGAUGGUUUAGGAUCAUUGAUUUAUUUACGUUAUCAUUUAGCACGUCAUCAUCAGCAUCAUCGGAAUCAACGCUCUGAACAUAAUAAUAAUAAUAAUAAUCAAUAUUUAGCUCAUGAGAAAUGUGAUCAUCACUUACAAUUAUGCGAUAUGAAUCAUUCAUUAUCACCAAAUUCAGAAACAAACGCUUGUCAUCAAGAAAAUGAUGAUAUCACUUUGAAAAAUGAAAAUUAUCCUGUUAUACACACACCUUCUCGUGCAUCAUCAUUAGUUUAUCAACGUACACAUAGUACAGAAGAUUUGUCAAAAUCAAUUACAGGUUUUGAAUUAUCUAGUCAUUGGGGUACUGAAACAGCAAAUUCAUCUAACGAAAGUAUAUCAUAUCCAAUCUAUGAAAGUAUUCCAUCAUCUUUGCCUCAAUCAGCUCAACUAGUACAACAUAUGUCUAAUGUGUGUCAAAUGGAUUUGCAAAAUACUGGAUUAGUUAACAAUGGAGUGCUCAAUAAUACUACUAUUACUACUACUACUACUACUACUGCUAAUAAUAAUAAUAAUUCUAACAAAUCAUUUGAUUUAAAUUCAAAUCAUGAUUUAAUCGAAUUAAUUUAUGAUCCAAUCUUGAAUUGUUAUUAUGAUUUAAAAUCUGGACGUUUUUAUGAGUUAAUUUAAUGCCAACGAAUAAAUUGUACAUAGAACAAAGAUUAGUGACAACAUAGAGAGAUAGAGAUUGAGAAAAACAAACUACUACUUCAUAUCAUAUCAUAUCAUAUCAUAGUAAAUUGCAUCCAAAAUCAUGAAUGUGAUAUUUUUAUUCUCUAC